AUCGUUUUCAGUACGGUUUCGUCGCGGGAUUGGCCGACGACAACAAACGUCAAGUACCUCCUUUACUGGUUGUUUCCAAAGGGAAUUUCCAAGUACCCCGGGAUCUUUAUAAAGAAAAGCCGGCGAACGGAAAUGAUGUGAAAGUUGUCUUUACGUCGGUUGUUAAUGUCAGUCGGUAUUAAACCGAGGUUGUGUAUGUGACAGAACGAACAUCAUCCGUCCGCAAGGAUGUGGCGAGAUCAAAGAGAUAGACGAAGAAGCUUUUAAAUGGGAUCUUACGGUUAUUAAGAAAAUUAAAGACCUUUUUUAAUUAAUGAACGUGGAGUUCUAGUUUUAACCGUUUUUUUUACGGGAGAUUCCCAACCUAAUUUAACUUUCCAAUUUUCAAUCCUUGAUGAUAUCUGAAGAACCCACCAAUAAACCAAUCCAAUGGUUUUGUUUUCGUUGGUUAAAAGAAAUGUCAUCUCGUCCUAAAGAUAAAGUAACAGCAAUAUUUCGAAAACUUUUUGCGAGAUCCUCCACCAAAAACGGUGAAGGUCCCAGUAGACAACGCGAACCAAAUAAUGGUUCCCCAGCUAGAAGACUUUUACGUGGAUGUAGAGAUACUGUUUCUCCAGCUGCAUCUUCAGGAAGUCCUUCGUUAACUUCUGCGAAAUCGUCUAGAUCAAAAACGUUGGAAGAUCCACCAUCGAGUAAAACCGUACGAGCACGACGUCUUAUGAAAGAGUACAAAGAUUUGCAGAGGAUACAAAAUUCUCGUCCAGAUCCAGUGUUUUCCGUUGAACUUGUCGAUGAUAACUUAUUCGAGUGGCACGUGAGGUUAUUACGGGUUGAUCCAGAAAGUGAUUUGUACAACGAUAUGACUGAAUUGGGAAUAACAUCGAUACUUCUUCAUUUAAUAUUUCCGGAAAACUUUCCUUUUGCACCACCUUUUAUGAGAGUAAUAUCGCCGCGUAUAGAGAAAGGAUUUGUAAUGGAAGGUGGAGCGAUUUGUAUGGAGUUGUUGACGCCAAGAGGAUGGGCAAGUGCGUAUACUGUGGAAGCGGUCAUCAUGCAAUUUGCGGCUAGUGUCGUGAAAGGACAGGGUCGUAUACAGAGAAAAGCUAAGGGUCAGAAAGUGUUCAGUAGACGGACUGCUGAAGAAAGUUUCAGAUCUUUGGUGAAAACGCAUGAGAAGUACGGUUGGGUUACACCAUCUCUUGCGGACGGAUAAAAAAAAAUAGUUUUAAAUUUUAAAGUUUAAAAAAGUCUGUAGUUCUUUUUUAAAUGAAUAAAUCUCAACAAAGAAAAAGAAAACGAACGACUGAUUGACAACAAAAAUUAUGAAUCCGGUCCUGUUUUAUAUUUUAAGAAUAUUAUACUCGUGUAUUCGCGUAAGUGUUUAUAUGGAUGUUAAUCGGUGUUCUUAUUACCCAUUUUUGGUAGUCCAUGAAAUCACCAUAAAGUUUUUACAAUUUUAUUUGAAAUGUAUCACGUAAUUUACACAACAAUGAUAACUUUCUAAUGGAAUUGUAGGAACUAUAAAUAAGUUGUUGCAUACGUAUACUAUUCAAGUAAAAAUAAAAAGCAUCCGUUCAUUUUAACCCCAUAAAUACAAAAAAGAAUGUACAGAGUUUGUUAUAUUUUGUAGGAAAAUGUUUUUUGAUAUGAAGAGUGCAUUAAAACCAAAAAAAAAUGUCAAAACAAUACUUUUUGGCUUAUAUUUGCAGGAUGAUCUAUGUAAUAUUUUUAUAAUACGUUAAAACCUCGAUAUAACGAAAUCCAACUCGGGUUAUUCCCCAAGUUGCUCUAUUUUAUGUUUAUAUAUAAAGUCGGGAUAUCUAUUACCCGAGUUGUUUAUACGAUGAGUAAAUCAAGGAUGGUAGUUCUAGGUUUAAUUAUUAUUCAGCGAUAUGGAUUGUUGUAUAUUUUUA